AUGACGAAAGAGGAUUUGGUUAAGGCGGCGGAUAAUGGUAAGGAGGAGCAGUGGAACGUGUUAGAAGGCGGAAGCACGGCGGAGAGUAGUUUUAAGACCACCGAGGACCUGAACAAUUGGUUAAUAGGAGGGAACAAUGACCCUCUGAUUGAGCAGAACCGAGAUGACGUGGAGCAGCUUGUGAAGGCGAUUCUGUCGACGGAAGGCGAAUCUCCGUAUCACGACCGGGAUUACUCCCUUUACUAUCAGUCAUAUGGCAAUCAUCCGUCACCAACUGGGAGCGACUUGGGCACUGCCCUUGGUGGCAAACAUUUGUCUUGUUCAAACGCUAACGGUGGCGGGGCUUGGCAUGCUUCCAGACCUCUUCUCUUUCCCAAUGUAGUAGAACUGACUCGGCCAAUGGAUGCAUCAGGACUAAUGGAACUGCCCGGGUCUCGUCAGAGCUCGGCCUCCCGGGGCCCUGGUCCUCGAGUCCCUGGCUCUCGAGCCAUUGGCGCUCGAGCCCCUGGUCCUCGAAUCCCUGGUCCUCGAGUGGAAAAUGAGCACUUUGGACGUGGUGGAGCGGGUUACGCAAGAGGAGAAUACCACCAUCAGCGAAAUGAGUACCAUCAGCGGAAUGAGUACCAUCAGCGGAACGAGUACCAGCAUAGGAGUGGGUACCAGCAUAGGAAUGAGUGCCAGCACCGGAAUGAGCAUCGGAAUGAGUAUCAGUACCCAUUGGUUCGCGGAUCGAUUCCGAAUUCCAACCGUUUUGAAAUAUUUUUGUACGAGCUGCGGAGGUUCCUGGACGUUGCAGCUGAAAUUUUGAAUUCUUCGAGCUCUGGAAGCCUUUUCGCGCUCAACGCAAUUCAGAAACACGCAUUUCCAACAAUCAAUAGAUGGCGCAACGUGGAUCUGGAUUUACCCGUCGUCAUCCCCCGAGGUACAUUACGCGUUGAGUAUGAGGAAGAAGAGUCAUUACUAUGCGCAAGUUCGGCAUCGGCGAGAGUAGAUUAUGUGUUCCAGAAUGAAGACCGAGGUUUAAGAUAUGUUGGAGAGCGCGAGAAGAUCUUGGGUAUGUUUUCAAGUGAGGUGUUAGGGAUGGAGGCAGUGAAGGUAAAUAGCAAUUUGUUGUGCACUCGAUUGGCUGUAUUGCACAAGUGUCCAGAUUUUUUGUUGCCAAUUGUUGCCAAGGCAUUGCUCAAGGCACCAAUGGCGGAAGAAUAUAAGUGGUGUGAACGAGUGGAGGCUUUGAUGGAGCCUGCAUCUCAAGUGGAUGAAACCAGGUUAUCGCAAUUGAGUCAGGCACUUUCUGGCUUCGCAUAUCUCGUCAAUGAGCCUAUUCGGUCCAUGGUGCGCACUUGGUAUAGCCAGGUCUGCGAAAUUAGCCCUUUGGCCAAGGCAAUUCCCGUUGAGCUGUUCAACCCCGAAGAUGAGAGCCUGGGCCUCUCCUUCAGGUGGGCCCCCUCCAAACAAAUGAAGGUCCUCCUGGCCUUCAGGUACACCGCUUGGUCCUCCUCACUCUUCAGCAAACGCAUAGACUCACCGGGAUUCCAAGCCAGCGAAGUCCGCCUCGAGCACGAACGACGAAAUGAUAAACAAUGGGACCCCACGCUCCUACAAAUUGGUCGCAAAGUACCUUGCAAGAAACUACUCCAGACACCAGAAGGCCAAGACGCACGCGUCGUCCUCUGCGAUCCCAAGGAAAUCGCUCUCCCCGACGUCCAAAUCCUGAACGUCUCCAGAGACGAUUACCCAACCGGCCACCCCACCGACCAGGGAAACGACCACCCAACCGACCGGGGAAGCGACCACCCAGCCGACCGGGGAAACGACCACCCAGCCGACCGGGGAAACGACCACCCAGCAAAUGAUUUGUCUGAUAAGCCAGCAACGGGCCCACUAAUAGUUGGGACACCAGUCACAAGCACUCUGCCCACUCAUGAGAACAGCCGUCAGGAAUUGGUUGACAAGAAGCUCGUGGACGAGGAACCAGACGAUAAGCAAACCGCUGCCAAGCAAUCUGCUGCCAAGCAAUCUGCCGAAGCCUGA